CAGACAAUGAAUUCGGAUCUAUCGGAUGAACUUGUAAAAGUAGUUGGAAAAGGAAAAGUUAAAUUUCUAGACCCUUCAAAUUCCAGGGAUGGGUGAGCUAUAAAUGACAACCAAUUGAUCGCUCUGAAGAAGUCGCAAAUCUUGUGUAUUCACCAUACGAACCCAACGAAAGAUGGAGAUUCAUCGCCUCCACGUCGAUGAUUUCUACUUCUCUGCUCUAUAUGAUGAGGAAGAGAUAUUUCCGAUAUCAGACGAAAAGUACGCACUAGAGGUGCAGCUCCAAGAAGUCCUCAUGGGCUCGUCGAACAUUUCAUCGCGGAGAAAUGCGACUAUCCAGUUUUGUACCGCGGAAAUCGCGAGCUUAGAAAACUCGGAAGCUGCCAAAUGUUCUCGGGUAUUUUGCCAUAUUUGUAUGGAAGAGAAAUCUUCGGAGGAGAUGUUCAAAGGCUUGCGUUGCAGUCACUCGUUCUGCAUGGAAUGCAUGGGGCAGUAUGUAGCAUUGAAGAUUAAGGAGAACGAGCCAACCGUCACCUGUCCCGACGUAAAAUGCAAGAGCGUCCUCGAACCUCAGGUUUGCCGCUCGAUACUUCCCCGGGAAGUGCUUGACAGAUGGGAAAACGUGCUGUGCGAGUCGGCGAUUCUCGGGUCUCAGAAGUUCUAUUGCCCCUUUAAGGAUUGUUCGGCGAUGUUGGUGGACGAUGGAGUCGAAGUCGUGACUGAGUCGGAGUGUCAGAUUUGUCGGAGGCUGUUCUGUGCGCGGUGUAAGGUCCCGUGGCACUCAGGAAUGGAGUGCGAGGAGUUUCGGAUGAUGAAGAGAGGAGCUAGAGAGAAAGAUUUGGACGACAUGAUGACGAAACUUGCUGAGAGCAAUAGAUGGAGGAGAUGCCCCAGCUGCAAGUUCUAUGUGGAAAAGGUCGAUGGAUGUCAGCACAUCUCUUGCAGGUGCGGACAUCAGUUUUGUUAUAGUUGUGGAAGGAGCUUGAGAGGACAUCAUUCCUGCGUUUCCUGAAUUCGGCCUCCGAAACUUUUCUAUUUUUUAACAAGUUAUUGCCUUGGAAAAUGUAAUGCCUCCUUAAUUAGCUGCUUAACAAGUACCCGGAGGCAUCAGUUUGCGCAUAUUUCUCUCUAUGUAUGCGAGUUGUCUAUCAACAAU